CAAUGAAACAAGAAAGAUGGCAAGGACGGCGGUAAACAGGAAGGGUACCACGUAGAUUCUGCCAUACUCCCUUCCUGAAGUCCCACCACCACCUCCGUCGUCACCACCCCAAAACCUUCAACUUUCCUGUUACCGUUGAAGUCUUCCCUGGUCCUCCCACCCACCGCCACCUCCACCACUAUCACCACCACCACCUCUUCUCCCUUAGUUUUUGCCUCGGGGGGCUUGCAGUGAAGUCCAAGAAAGAAUGAUGGCGGUUGUUGCCUCCGCUGUUGCCACUACCACCUCCUCCUGACUGUCUCUCUCUCACACACAUUUUCUAGUUUCCUUCCAUCCUUUUCUUCUCCAACAAACCAUCCCAUCCAAUCCCCCAUUUGUCCCCCACAUCUCUCGUUCUUUCGAUUUGCUUCCACCUUCUUAGAUAUCUGGAGGUACUUGGAAAUGAGCGACGAGUCUUCGUCAAUAUAACAAACCUUGCUGUUACUUGGAAUAUACACAGAGGUUUAUGGUUCUCAGAGGGUAGUUCUUGCCGGUUCUUGGUAAAGAUGACAAUGGAGAAUGGGGAGGAUUGCUGCGUCAAGGUGGCGGUCCACAUCAGGCCGCUCAUCGGGGACGAGCGGCUGCAGGGCUGUAAGGAUUGCGUCACAGUCGUCCCCGGGAAGCCACAGGUGCAAAUUGGAACUCAUUCUUUUACUUUCGAUCAUGUAUAUGGUAGUACAGGUUCUGCAUCAUCUGCCAUGUUUGAAGAAUGCAUCGCCCCACUUGUUGAUGGUUUGUUCCAAGGAUACAAUGCCACCGUUCUUGCAUAUGGACAGACGGGAUCAGGGAAAACAUACACCAUGGGAACUUCAUGUAGGGAUGGUUCUCAAACUGGACUUAUCCCUCAAGUUGUGAACUCAUUGUUCAGCAAAAUCGAGACCUUGAAACAUCAAGCAGAAUUCCAGUUGCGUGUCUCAUUCAUUGAGAUUUUAAAAGAAGAAGUGAGAGACUUGUUGGAUCCUGCAUUUGUCAGCAAAGUUGAGGCUGGCAAUGGACAUGUGGGGAAGGUAACAGUAGCUGGGAAGCCUCCAGUACAAAUCCGUGAGGCAUCAAAUGGGGUCAUAACACUCGCUGGAACCACUGAGAUUGAUGUUAGAUCGCAAAAGGAAAUGGCUUCUUGUCUAGAGCAAGGUUCACUAAGUCGUGCAACUGGAAGUACAAACAUGAAUAACCAGUCAAGUCGUUCCCAUGCCAUCUUCACCAUCACAUUGGAGCAGAUGCGCAAACUUGAUCCAAUUAUUGCUGCUGAUGGUGUCCCAAUUGAGGAUGUGACUGAAGAUUUUCUAUGCGCAAAAUUCCAUCUAGUAGAUCUUGCUGGAUCAGAGCGUGCUAAACGAACAGGUUCUGAUGGCCUUCGAUUCAAGGAAGGGGUUCAUAUUAACAGGGGUCUUCUAGCUCUUGGAAAUGUCAUAAGUGCUCUUGGGGAUGAGAAAAAGCGGAAAGAAGGAGCCCAUGUUCCUUACCGUGACAGCAAACUUACUCGACUCUUGCAGGACUCACUUGGUGGAAACAGCAGGACUGUCAUGAUAGCCUGUAUCAGCCCAGCAGAUAUUAAUGCAGAGGAAACCCUUAACACACUGAAAUAUGCUAAUCGUGCUCGCAACAUUCAAAAUAAGCCCAUUGUUAACAGAAAUCCAAUAUCUGAUGAAAUGCAGAGGAUGCGUCAGCAGAUUGAAUGUUUGCAGGCAGAGCUACUCUGUGCUCGCGGGGGAGGAACUGCAUCUGAUGAAAUUCAGGCUCUAAAGGAAAGAAUUUCUUGGCUGGAAUCUACCAAUGAAGAUCUUUGUAGGGAACUCUAUCAGUGUCGCAAUCGAUCUGCUCACACUGAACAUUGUGUGACAGAUGUUCAUAAAGGUGGAAAUUGUUUUGUGAAAGCAGAAGGGCUAAAAAGGAGCCUGCAGAGUACGGACUCAUUUGAUUACCGAAUGGCUGAAACCCUAAGAGCAGGUGAUAAUUCCAAGGAAAUUGAUGAAGUAGCAGCAAAAGAAUGGGAACAUACAAUGUUGCAAGACACUAUGGGCAAGGAACUGAAUGAGUUAAAUAGGCGAUUGGAGCAGAAAGAGUCUGAGAUGAGAAUAUUUGGAGGGUUUGAUACUAUUGCUCUUAAGCAGCAUUUUGAGAAGAAAUUGAUGGAGCUUGAAGGGGAGAAAAAGAUAGUGCAGCAAGAGAGGGAUAGAUUGUUUGCUGAAGUGGAAAGCCUUGCUGCCUCCUCAGAUGGGCAAGCACAGAAGUUGCCAGAUGUCCACCUACAGAAGUUAAAGUCUCUCGAAGCACAGAUUUUGGAUCUAAAGAAGAAACAAGAAAACCAAGUUCAGCUUCUAAAGCAAAAGCAGAGGAGUGAUGAAGCAGCAAAGAAGCUUCAAGAUGAAAUUCAAUUUAUUAAGGCACAAAAGGUUCAAUUGCAACACAAGAUAAAACAAGAGGCAGAACAGUUUCGCCACUGGAAGGCUUCUCGUGAAAAGGAACUUCUGCAGUUAAGGAAAGAGGGGAGGAGAAAUGAGUAUGAAAGACAUAAACUUCAGGCACUGAAUCAACGACAGAAAAUGGUUCUUCAGAGGAAGACAGAAGAGGCUGCUAUGGCUACCAAGAAGUUGAAAGAGUUGCUAGAAGCACGCAAAUCCUCAGCCCGUGACAACUCUGUCAAUGCAAAUGGUAAUUCUCCAGGCAAUCAGAUAAAUGAGAAGUCCUUGCAACUCUGGUUAGAUCAUGAGCUUGAAGUCAUGGUGCAUGUGCAAGAAGUUCGUGCUGAAUAUGAGAAACAAAGUCAAGUACGAGCUGCAUUGGCAGAAGAGCUUGCCUUUCUGAAACAUGAGGAGACAUUAUCUGAGGGGGUGAGUCCCCCAAGAGGAAGGAAUGGAAAUUCUCGGGCAUCCAACAUGUCAUCUAAUGCAAGGUUAGCAAGAAUAGCAUCACUUGAGAACAUGGUGAGCAUUUCAUCAAAUACUCUUGUAGCAAUGGCUUCUCAACUUUCUGAGGCAGAAGAAAGAGAACGUGCAUUUGCUGGACGAGGAAGGUGGAAUCUGUUGCGAUCGAUGGGAGAUGCAAAGAGCUUACUACAAUAUGUGUUUAAUGUUGCAGCAGAUGCAAGGUGCCACUUGAGGGAGAAGGAUAUUGAGAUCAAGGAAUUGAAGGAACAGCUGAAUGAGCUCAUUGGUAUCCUCCGCCAGAGUGAAGCACGGAGAAGGGAAAUGGAGAAGCAGCAAAAGUUGAGAGAGCAAGCUGUUGCACAUGCAUUAGCUACAUCAUCUUUGGGGAACUCAAACGGUUCAUUGAAGCAUUGUGCUGAUGAAUCCAACACCCCACUAUCUCCGGUUGCACUUCCUGCACAGAAACAACUCAAAUACACUGCUGGCAUUGCUAAUAGCCCUAACAAAGGGACCGCAACAUUCAACAACCAGCCACUAAAGAUGGUCCCAAUUGGGCAAUUGUCGAUGGAAAAGAAAAUGGCAGUAGCAGGAAAAGCAGGAAAGCUUUGGAGAUGGAAAAGGAGUCAUCAUCAGUGGCUAUUACAAUUCAAGUGGAAAUGGCAGAAACCAUGGAAAUUGUCUGAAUGGAUCCGGCAUAGUGAUGAAACAAUAAUGAGAGCGAGGCCUAGACCUCAGCUUCCUCGAGACUUGAUGUGAUGUGACAGCUUCGUUCUUUGUCACAUGUCAGUUCUCAAUCCACUCUGCUAACUAAUUUUACAGGGUAAUAAUACAGCUGGAUGCAAGUAAGCUUUGACAGAAUCCCCUUCUUCAAACUCAUAGUGAAGCAAUCGACUUGUACAUGUUCAUAGGAUUUUGCUUUAGAUGUAAAUUCUGACCAUAUACAUGAAUAUAUCCAUACAAACAAGCAAAUACUCAGCCACAUGCUUAUGUUUCAGUCUCCAUUGAUGAUGAGAUGCCCAAGAGACCAUUUGGACAGUAAAGUUUUUUGGCUGGUCAGUGAGAAAAGUGGAAACUGUGUUCACUUGCUUGGUGUUUUAGCUCGAAUGCAUUCGAUGCAUCUUGCGGAGUGAUUUUGAUGCUGCCGCCUUCCCCACAGAAUUGUUGGGUUGAGCUGAAGGUACUGAUGGAUCUAGAAAUUUAUGACUGGAGGUGAUGUUAUUGUUUAUUUUUCCCCAAUAAUUGUAUUAUUAAAUCAAAGAAAUCUGAAUACAUGUUCUGGCCUUUCUGGCUUGUUUUGAGUUCUUUGUAAUGCUUGUCUAUUCUUCUGUGUGGGAAAUUAUUUCUGUGAUCUGUAUAUUAGCUACAGUUAUUGAUUGUCCACAUGAAAAGGGUUUUGGCCCC